AUGAAUGGAACAGCCAAUGUGAAUGCAGCUGGACGCAGCCAUUAUGCCUCCUCUAUACCUAUUCCCAGAGCUGCAUCUCACAGCAAGAUACAUACUUUGGCAGCAUCUCCUAAACUGCCCCCUAAACAGAACGGUGUGGGAGCAUUUUCCUCACCAAGAAUACCAUCUCCCAGGACAGGGAAGGCACAGGCAAGCUCAACCUGUGGAGCUCCUAAAGGAUCGAAACAGAAGCUCGCGGUUAAGGCUGCAGCUGCUGCAAACCCUAGACCAGAGAAAACAGACAUACCUGGGAGCCAUGGUGAGACAGAGGAGAUGGAUUCUAGCCUUGGUUCAGGUUUGGUGUCUGGCUACAGUAACACCUGGGGCUUAUCAAAGGCCAAUUCCAGAACCACCAAGAUUGUGAAGAAAGCUGUUAUUCAGACAACCGAGAAAGUAAAGAACACUUCUAAACAAGGUGAAAGUAAUAGCAGUCUUGUUGCUGUGAAGGUCCUUGGAAAACCCAGCACAAUUGCUGAACCUGCAAAGACCACUCAUCUUCCAGGGAAGAGCCCUUCAUAUCUCAAUCUGUAUAAUGAGACAUUAAUGUCCAAGACUUCAGAUGGAUCUGCCACAAAGAGGCCUCAGAGCUGUCCAGCAAAAGGUCCAUCAGUCUCAGAAUCCAACUGGAAGGAAAAUGGAACAUCUAAGCAAGAAGAUAAUCCUCAAACAAUCUCACUGGAUACAAGCAGCCUUAAUAAGGGACCUGUGUUACAUACAGCACCCAUCAGUUUUUCUUCUGUGCCACAGCACAACCAUCCCAUUAUGGCCACCGUUGCCCCUUUUCAUUAUCGGUAA